CUGGAAAACAUUCUCCGGUGAGGGGAGAGAGAAUGAGUCUGUAAAUGCAAGCAAAGAAAGGUUUACUUUUCUCCCCGAGUCUUCAUUCCGUUUCACAAACACCUGCUGACUACUGUCACUUUAGCUUUUUGCCUUCCAAUCCCAAGCCCCUCCAUUUUCUAUUUGGUAGAUAAUCAACUCCCAAUUAAGUAUUAAUUUGCUGCUUUACUUGACUCCUGACUGCCCCCUCCACCCACUCUCUCUCCUCUCUCUCUCUACGUUUUUUUGGUUAGUCAUCACACUGCCGUCCCCUUCAUCAUUUCGGUCUCUUGCUGCUUUUACUUUGAGUUUUUUUUGCCCAUUGUUAUUAUUGAAUGUGUAGCUUCUUAUUCAUUUAUAUCUCUCUCUUUAGUUUUUAUUUUUUUUUGGGAAACUCAGUACCCUAAAGACUCAAACUUUGGGCAACAUUGCAUUGAAUUUGGUCUUAAUUAGGUGGCUAUGGAGACUGACGAUGCCGAAACGAAGUCAACGAUGGAGGAUUAUGAAGUAAUAGAGCAGAUUGGGAGAGGGGCUUUUGGAGCCGCUUUUCUUGUUCUUCAUAAGAUUCAGAAAAAGAAGUAUGUGUUGAAAAAAAUUCGUUUGGCUAAGCCAACAGAGAAGUUCAAACGCACAGCUCACCAAGAGAUGAAUUUAAUUGCAAAGUUAAAUCAUCCAUAUAUUGUGGAUUAUAAAGAUGCUUGGGUGGACAAGGGAGACUGCAUAUGCAUUGUAACGGGCUAUUGUGAAGGAGGUGACAUGGUUGAUAUGAUAAAGAAGGCCAGAGGACAAUUUUUUCCAGAGGAGAAGCUCUGCAAAUGGCUGACUCAGUUGUUGCUAGCUGUGGACUACUUGCACUCCAAUCGUGUACUUCAUAGGGAUCUCAAGUGCUCUAAUAUAUUCCUUACUAAGGACAAUGACAUCCGACUUGGUGACUUUGGGCUUGCAAAACUACUCAACACAGAAGAUCUUACUUCUUCGGUUGUCGGAACUCCAAACUACAUGUGUCCUGAGCUUCUCGCAGAUAUACCUUAUGGCUAUAAAUCUGAUAUAUGGUCGCUUGGUUGCUGUAUGUUUGAGAUUGCUGCACAUCAAUCAGCAUUUAGAGCGCCUGACAUGGCUGGACUUAUCAACAAAAUUAACAGAUCCAUCAUUUCUCCUCUUCCAAUUGUGUAUUCUUCCACACUGAAACAAAUCAUCAAGAGCAUGCUCAGGAAAAGUCCAGAACACAGACCAACAGCUGUAGAGUUAAUAAGGCAUCCACACUUACAACCAUAUAUCCUUCAAUGCCGCAAUGCAUCAUCUGUUUUUCUUCCGGUAUAUCCACUACCCAACUUAAAAGAUAAAACUCCAAGAAAAUCACCGCCUAGCAAGCGCAGCAGUGGCAAAGACAACAAAGACAAAGAGGCUGAAAAAAGGAACCACGUGGAAAAGGUCCAACCAUUUGGGAGCAGUGCUGAUCUGACGCAUAGAUAUGUAACAAACAUUGAUAACCCUGUACUCACAUCUAGUGCAGAAGAGCUUGAAACCAAGAGAGUUGAUCCUAGUAGCUGUUCUGUGGAAUUAUCCAAUGCCACCGAUGGUUCAAAAGAUGGACCGAUGGAUUCAGAAGCAUCUGUUUGUGAUAAGCAAGCUGACACUAUCAGUAUAAUGGAAAAGGAAAAUACUGAACCUGACAUUGAGGUUACAUCAGAGAGCGUAUCAAAUUCUCAGCAUGAAGGACUAGAAGAACCAACUGCCUCAAAUUUCAAACAACUGCAAGAGGUUGAUGCCAAGACUCCAAACAGUGAGGAUGGAAAGGCAUAUGAAAAUCAACAAGUUCUCAAAGGAGCUAAAGCAAGAGAGGGGGCUAAUGAAGAAAAUUGCAGGGUAUUGUCAGUAUUCAGUGUAGGUGGCACCGAAAAGAUUGGGUCGAUUGAUGAUAAAUGCUCAUCAUUGACUAAAUCUGAGGAGGAACCCAGCUGUUUAGAGAAGGAAAGGUCCAAUGUAUAUACUGAAGUUGGUCAUGUGGAAAGCUUGUUAUCUGAAAAUAUCAACGAUUGCUCUAUAUGGAAAGCAAAAGACAACAAAGACAAAGAGGCUGGAAAAACGAACCACAUGGAAAAGGUCCAACCAUUUGGGAGCAGUGCUGAUCUGACGCAUAGAUAUGUAACAAACCUUGAUAACCCUGUAUUCACAUCUAGUUCAGAAGAGCUUGAAACCAAGAGAGUUGAUCCUAGUAGCUGUUCUGUGGAAUUAUCCAAUGCCGCCGAUAGUUCAAAAGAUGGACCGACUGAUUCAGAAGCAUCUGUUUGUGAUAAGCAAGCUGGCACUAUCAGUAUAACGGAAAAGGAAAAUACUGAACCUGACAUUGAGGUUACAUCAGCAAGCCUAUCAAAUUUUCAGCAUGAAGGACUAGAAGAACCAACUGCCGCAAAUUUCAAACAACUGCAAGAGGUUGAUGCCAAGACUCCAAACAGUGAGGAUGGAAGGGCAUGUGAAAAUCAACAAGUUCUUGAAGGUGCUAAAGCAAGAGAGGGGGCUAAUGAAGAAAAUUGCAGGGAAUUUUCAGUGUCCAGUGUAGGCGGCACCAAAAAGGUUGGGUCGAUUGAUGAUAAAUGCUCAUCAUCGACUAAAUCUGAGGAGGAACCCAGCUGUGUAGAGAAGGAAAGGUCCAAUGUAUAUACUGAAAUUGGUCAUGUGGAAAGCUUGUUAUCUGAAAAUAUCAACGAUUGCUCUAUACAGAAAGCAAAAGAUGAAGUGGUGAGAAAGGCAGACAAUAACAAUUGCUCUGCACAGAUAGAAAAAGACGAGGUUCGUGUGAUUAACCAAGCACCAAUUGACAUAGCUGCAGUAGGCGGUGAUGAUUCCAAGAGCAACUGGGAGAAUCCAAGUCAGCAAAGAGCUAAGGCCCUUGAGUCUCUGCUUGAGCUAUGCGCACGGCUACUAAAGCAGGACAAGCUUGAUGAGCUUGCUGGCGUGCUAAAACCAUUUGGAGAAGAUGCGGUCUCAUCUAGAGAAACAGCUAUAUGGUUGACACAGAGUCUCAUGUCUGCACAAAAAUCUAAUGGAGGAUCCUAAUUUUUAUGGAUAAUUUGAUUGUAAUUCAUGCAAAACUGUUCCAAAAAAGGAAAAGAAGAAAAGAGAGUGUUUCAUUAUAUUGACAUAAAUUUGUUUGUCAACCAGUGUGUUAAUUUUUGAAGAUUUAGAGUGAGAAAUAACAUAUUUGCAGAUUGUAACUCAACAUUGGCUCUUGUGGAAAAUCGAUGCGAUAACUUUUACUGUGCGGUAACUUUUAUUGUUGUCUAAAUAUACAGCAUGUUUAUACUUGUACAGUUUAUUCAUAAAAAUACAUCCUUAACUUUCUCUUGGAAACCACAUUGGAUUUCAUAGUAAAUUUUCCACUUUUUAUAGCCUUAUUGAGAAUUUCAUUUUAUUCUCUGAGCUUACUGCAGGUAAUAGCCAAAGAAGGACACGAGGAAGGCACCGGCCAGAGAGCCGACAAGGGGCAUGGUGGAGGUGGCGCCUGAUGGGGCAGGAGCAUGAGCUGAGUCAGGGGAAGAUGCUGUGCUUGUGGUGGUAGCAGCUGAGCCUACAGGGGCGGUAGCUGAUGCCUUAGGGGUAGCGGCAGCGGCAACUGGGUCCUUGGGUUUGUCAGCAGCCAAGACUACGCUCAAUAAGGCAGCAACAACGAUGAUGGCGAGGGAGAUCUUCUUCAUUUCCAUGAUGAAUAUUGUGACAGGGAGAAUAAGUUGAUAGAAAACACAGCUGCCUUAGAGAUAGGAUAUGAAGGAAAUUUCUUUGUUACUUCCUUGAUUACUGCAGCUCUGAGGAAUACAGAGGAAAAAUUAUUUCAAUAUAUAUAGGAAGAAUUUGGUUUA